CCCUCCAAAGCUAUCUCUUUCUCUUGUCAGAAACACUUCCCCCUCUCUCUCUCUCUCUCUCUCUGAGGCAUUAACACAAACAAAAUGUCUCACAUUCAUAGAAAAAUGGACAGUGAAGAUCAAGAAACACUAUUUCACUCCUACCCAUGUGCAUACUACGUUCAAAGCCCGUCCACCAUUUCUCAUGCAAACAGUUCAGAGCUUCUAAAAACCCACAAUCUUGAAUCCACAUUUCACUCACCAACAAGAUCCGACACCCAUAUUCUUCUCAACAAGAAUAAUAACACUCCUGAGGUUUCAAGGUUCACUCUUUCUCGCUACUCCUCUUCUCGUGGCUCCAACAACUCUUUCUUGAAUGAAAAGAAGGUUACUGCAGGAGAUGAAACUGGCGUUAACAGUUUGAUCAUUAUCGAUAAGCAUGGAUUUGGAGAAGAGGAGGAAGAAGAUGAAGAUGAGGAGUAUUAUUAUGGGAAGAAAGGAUGGUGGUGGAGAUAUUGUUCUUUUAGAAAAAGCUCUUCUUGUGCUUGGGUUACUUUGCAAAUUAGUUGGAGAUUUUUGUUAAGUUUAGGAGUUGCCUUGCUCGUAUUCUACAUUGCUACGAAGCCACCAGCACCCACGAUGUCCAUUAAGAUUGCAGGAAUCCGGCAAUUUGGACUAGGGGAAGGAGUGGAUGGAAGUGGUGUUACAACUAAGAUACUCACAUGCAAUUGUUCAGUGGAUCUUCUUGUUGAAAACAAGUCUAAGCUCUUUGGCCUCAACGUUCAACCUCCCACACUAGAAAUGUUCUUCGGUCGCCUCCCGUUUGCAAUCUCACAUGGUUCAAAGCUAUAUGCAGAGAGCCAUAGUUCAACAGUAUUCAAAUUAUCAGUGGGAACAAAAAACAAACCAAUGUAUGGAGCAGGAAGAAACAUGCAAGACAUGCUAGAAUCUGGAAAUGGAUUGCCAAUUUUGAUUCGUGUAAGCCUAAACUCGCAUUUUCGUGUCGUUUUGAACCUUAUCAAGCCAAAAUACCAUCAUCAAGCAGAAUGUAUGUUACUCUUAGAUAGUUCUUAUGACAAGAAACAUCGAACUCAAGAAUUUAACAGCACCUGCACAAUUUCUUAAAUUUGAUUCUUGUUAAAGAGUGCUUAUAUUAUAACUCCCUAUGUUUUGGCAAAUAUGUAAGAAAUUAAGAAAUAGGGAAAUAUAAGUUGUAAGAAGAUUCAAAGAAAUUAUGUAUUUGUUAGUAUAGUAGAGAAAAUAUCAGAGAUGUUUUUAUUUUGUUGAUA